AAAAUACAUGAUCUCUCCCCUAUCAAAAUAUAUCUCUCUUUUUUCCGCACCGCCAGAAAAAGUGUUUGGCGGGAAAAUCAUUAAGCCCUCAAAAAAAAAAAAAAAAAAAAAAAAGAAAAAAAACAGGGACGGGGAAGAAGUUCAAAUCAAACAAAGCAGCAGCUAAAGAAAGCCUAAAAAGUCUCCAUUACCCGUAAUUAACACAAAAUCGAAAUUUUUUUGCUUCGAAAUUGUUCAACGCCUUCUCACUCGAAAAUGGCUCGCGAUGAUACACAACUGAGAGCGGCGAAGCGUUCGUACCAGAGCGCCAAGCUGGAAGGGAACCACCAGGAGGAGGCCAAGUGGGCUAACGUUGUCGGCCAUAUCUUGAAGGACCGAGGAGAGUAUGUGGAGGCUCUCAAAUGGUUUCGUUUCGAUUACGAUAUCUCUAUCAAGUUCUUGAAUCAGAGACAAUGCCUCGCUAGUUGCCAGUCUCUCGGUGAGGUCCAUCUUCUUCUCAAGCAGUUCAAAGAUGCUCUUUUCUUCCAGAAAAAGCAUUUAGAGCUUGCCAGGGAUGCGUACGACAAUGUUGAGCAGCAAAGGGCCAACACCCAGUUAGGUCGUACCUAUUAUGAGAUGCUUUUGAAUUCUAAAGAUGAUAAUCAGGUAGUGCUGAGUGCCAAAAAGUAUUUUAAGUCAGCUAUGGACCUUGCACAAGUUCUGAAGGAGAACCCACCUUCUAAUACUUGUUCUUUCUUGACGGAAUAUAUUGAUGCACAUAACAAUAUGGGAAUGCUUGAAAUGGAGCUUGACAAUUUUGAGGAGGCUCAAAAGAUCCUGAGUGAAGGAUUAAAGAUAUGUGACGAAGAAGAAGUGACAGAACACGAUGCUGGGCGUAGCCGGCUCCAUCAUAACCUUGGGUUUGUUUAUAUGGAGUUAAGGGAGUGGGAUAAAGCAAGGUUUCACAUUGAAAAGGACAUUUUGAUUUGUAACAGUAUCGAGCAUUGUCAGGGAGAGGCAAAGGGGUACAUCAAUCUUGGUUUAUUGCAUUACAGAAAUCAGAAGUAUGAUGAGGCACUUAGGUGCUACAAAAGGGCACGUGAUCUUGCCAAAACAAUGGAAGAUGAGGAUUCCUUAGUUAAUGAAAUUGAUCAAAAUAUUAAAUCUGCCAAAGAAGCUUCAAAAAUAGAGAAGGAAUUGAUAAAUGAAGAGCAGAAUCUUAAGAAGCUUAUUAGAGUUUUAACCACUGCAAGAGGAACGCCUCGAGAAAGAAGUUGCCUACUGAAACAAGACACUUCUCUUAAUUGUCUAAUCGAUAAAGCCAGAUUAAUAACUUCAUGGUCAAAGCUUCUUAAAUAUGGAAAACAGAAGAAGAAGAUAUCCAAAGAACUUGGUGACGAAGAAAAAUUGAGUGAUUCAUUUUUGUUUAUUGGAGAAGCAUACGAGAACCUCAGAAAAUUCAGCAAAGCUAGUAAAUGGUACACAAAGAGUCGAGAAACAUACAAGUCAAUUCGCAACCUAGAGGGGCAGGCAAUGGCUUUACUUAAUAUUGGCAAUGUUUUGGAUAGUGCUGGUAAUCUGAAAGAAGCAUUGAAAACAUACGAAGAAUGCUAUAGGAUUUCCCAUGAAGCUAAACUAUAUUCUAUUCAGCUUAAUGCUCUGGAGAAUAUGAAUUACAUCCACUUGAUAAGGUCUAAUGACAUCAAUGAGGCCAGUAAAUAUCAGCUUCAAAUUAAAAAGUUGAAGGAGUCGGAAGAUAAAGAGCUUGAAAAACAAGAUAUGGUGGAGAAUUACUGCUCAGAAUCUGACACUGAAUGGAGCGCUCAUAUCUCAAGUGACAGAUCAAAUGCAUGUGACUCACCUGACACCUUGGCUGGCAUAGAUGAGAUGAGUGAUGAUGCACCUUUGAUUUCACUUAUUCAGUCCACGAGGAGGUCGCCCAAAAUCAAGCCAACUUAUAUUGGAAAACAAAAACAAUCUUCAAAUUUCAAUAAACUUUCACCAAAAGGUUCCGCUAGAUCAAUCAGUAAUCAGGAGACCAUUGGUCGUAAACGUGUUCGUGUAGUGCUUUCUGAUGACGAGGAUGAAACAUUUGUUGAAGUGGAGCAUUCUAAUGGCAGGACUCUGAGUUACCAAGCAGAGGAUGUUGCUACAUCUGAUGAAUUUAAAAAUAAAAGUGAUGCAGUCAAUCCUGGUUGUAUGAUUCAGGGUGUGUCAGGAGUUGUUUCCAAACACACAAACAGGUCCUACACUCCUGUUAACAUUGAAGAAAGCUCCAGUUCAUACAAAAAUACAGGUCCUUUUGUUUCCACUCAACAUGACGAAGGUCAUAGAUCUUCAAGUACUAAAGAACAUGAUCAAUGCGUUGCAGUCAAGGUUGACACAGAGCUGAUACAUGUUGAAGCUGAAAAAUUUGUGGCUACAGAUAAAUUGAGUAUUGAGUCUUUGAAGGUUGAAUUGGCAUGCUUAUACUACUUGCAACUUCCGGUUGGAAAGCAAUCAGAAGGUUUGCUUCCCAUAAUUCACCAUAUAAGAUGGGGCGAUAGAGUGAUAGAAUCCUUGGAAGCAAUUGAAACUAUAAAGGAUCAAAUGGGAAAAGUCUUGGUUGAAGCUUUCUUAGAUGGAUGGGUUCAAAAGCGUUUGAUAAAACUCUACAUAGAUGGCUGCAAGGAGGUAUCAGGAACACCCAAUUUGAAGUUGUUGAAGAAAUUAUAUGAUUUAGAGGUUUCAGAUGAUGAAAUUUCUGUAUGUGACUGUGAAUUGCAAGACUUAUCAGUAACCCCUUUGCUCAACGCCUUGCAAACCCACAGAACAUUUGCAAUGUUGGACCUCUCUCACAAUGUAUUAGGAAAUGUAACUAUGGAAAAACUGCAACAAGUAUUCACAUCCUCAGGCCAAAAGUAUGGUGGGUUGACAUUGGAUCUCCAUUGCAAUCGGUUUGGUCCAACUGCUUUGUUUCAGGUUUGUGAAUGUCCUUCGCUAUUUGCUCGAUUGGAAGUCCUUAAUAUGGCUAGUAAUCGCCUCACUGAUGCUUGUGCAUCCUACCUAUCAACUAUACUGCAAAAUUGCCGAGCCCUUUGUAGCUUAAACGUAGAAGACUGUGCCAUAACGUCUAGAACAAUUCAAAAGGUUGCUGAUGCCUUAGAUGCUGGGUCUGUCCUUGAACAAUUAUGUAUUGGACAUAACCCUGUCUCUGGAAAUGCCAUCGUUAAUUUACUGGUCAAGCUUACUGCCUUGAAAAGUUUUUCAAAAUUGAGUCUGAAUGGUUUGAAGCUUAGCAAGCCUGUAGUUGAUAGCCUUUGCCAGCUUGCUAAAACCUCUUCUUUGUCAGCAUUAAUGCUUGGAAAGACUGGUAUUGGAACUGAAGGGGCUUUAAUGAUUACGGAGCUUAUGUUCAAUGGGACUGAUGAUUCUGUAAAACUUGAUCUGUCAUAUUGUGGACUUACACCUGAAUACAUUUUCAAAUUAAAUGCUGAUAUCUCCAUCAUUUGUUGCAUUCUUGAGCUCAACCUGGCAGGAAAUCCCAUUACACAGCAGGGCACAGGGCCUUUAUCAUCAAUGCUUAUGAAUCCUCAGUGUUGCCUGAAGGUUUUGGUGUUAGAAAAGUGUCAACUUGGUGUUGGUGGAAUUCUUCAAAUACUUCAAGCUUUAGCAGAUAACAACUCUCUCGAAGAUCUAAAUCUUGCUGCCAAUGCUGACACUGAUCAACAUAAUACUCCACAACACGCCACAACAACAAAAGAGUGCACCACAGAGAUCGUGCAACCAAAGACUAACAUAAUCGAAUCUUCUCCCAUGAUGUGUACACUGCAGGAAGUUGUACCUACUCAACAGGGUUUCCCCCUCGAGAGCGUUGAUUUAGAUCAGCUCGAAGUUGCUGACAGUGAAGAUGAUCAUACUAAAGUUGAAGCUGCGGCAUCUGGAAUUGAUGACAGCUGUGCAAGUUCAUGUCAAAGAAACUUAUCUCAAGAGUGCCAACUUAUUCAAGAACUUUCCACUGCCAUCAGAACGGCCAAGAAGCUGCAAUUACUGGAUCUUAGCAAAAAUGGUUUAUCAACAAAGGCUGUAGAGUUGUAUGCGGCAUGGUCAAGUUCGAGGCCUUGUCCUGCUUAUAGGCAUAUUAAGGACCGAACAAUACAUUUGUUCACGGAGGGUAAGAAAUGUUGCAUAAGAUCCUGCUGCAGAAAGGAUUGACUCUUUUAUCUGCUAUUGUUGGAAAUGGUCCAACAGUUUUGUUACAACUGACCUGGUGAAUAAAACUAGCUAGCAUUUUCUGAGUUGCCAUUAUAUUGUUCUUCCAUGAUGCAUGUUGCACUGACACAUAUGUUGCUAUUGUAUAGAUAAGGCUUAGUCCGAUUAAAUCAUAGAUUAAUUUUUUUUGAAUUGCAGUUCGUCUGUGUAACAGACUUAUAACAGUAACUAGUUUGUAUUCCUUCCAUCAUGUAUAUUGUAUAGGCCUUAUAAUUAUUGAGAUUUUAAUGACAUGUUUACUAGCUUAAAUUA